GGGUUGUAGAAUGACACACUUAUUGCAAGAACACAUUUCCUGCUGGACAAAUUACAUUGGCUUCAAAUUGUAGCACAGACUUCCAUCGGGAACCAGUGGCACAUCUUUCAGUUGUAGUUUAAACAUUACUUUUAACACUUUACAGGCUCUGGCUCUGUAGAGUCAGACCCUGUAUACUGAGCAUUGCUCUGAAAACACGAGUGUACGUGUUCGCAUUUAACCUCUUUAAAUUAGUACAUUUUGAUUCACUGAAUGCUACAUUUGUGAAUGACAUGUCAGAGCUAGAAUGCAGCAGGGUGACUGAGCUAAUGACUAUAUGCGUUGGUUGGUUGGUUCAAACAAAUAAAUACAACUUUUAAAAAAAAAAGUUACUUCAAACCUUUUACAUUGGGUAUAACAACUGCUUAAAUAAAUGUUUCUCAUGGUGGGGGGGAUCUUGAGGCUCUUUUCAGCUGUUAUCGAACUACAUCUUCCAGAUUCCUUUGUCUGUGUGGGUUGCUGGGAGUUGUAGUUUACAGGCAGAAGGGGGAGACAACAGGUUGGAGAUCCCAGCAUUAGACAGUGUUAUAAUGACACGCGCAUUCUCUCCAAGGGAUAAUCAGGGAGUGAUUGGUGAGCACUAGUUGGGGGAAGGGAAGGAGCCAGCCUGCAGGGAAGCAACUCUAUUUGCUUCUUCUUUUUCUUUCUUUCUUUCUUUCUUUCUGAUAGUGUGCUUGCCCACCCCCAAAAAAUCGCAAUCGUUCAUCCCGGGCUGAGGAAACAAAAACAAGGCUCCAGUUGGAGGAAAGAAAAGCUUUAGUGUGAGGGGGGUGGCCAGAGAGCAGGAAAAAGCCAGAACUGAUUAUUCAUUCAGGUUGGAAGCAGGAAGCAGCAGCUCAGUCACCUCUAGCAUUGCAACCAGGAGGUCGGCUCCUGCCUCCUACCAGGAAGGGGACACAAUAAGGAACCGGGCACCUGCUGGGACUUUCGUACAGGCCCAUUGCCUUACGUUUGUCAUUUGCUCUUUAAGUUUGCCCCCCUCUGAACAGGUGGUUUGUGGGAAACUGCUGAAAGUGGCCAAGGAUAUGAAGCAGGUCCUGGGUUUCAGAUCAGAACUAUUGUAGUUUAUCGUUACGGCCCUGGGGGAGUUUUGUUUUAUGCUGAUGGCGUUAGUGCCUGGGCACUGGGGGCAAUGGUCAGUGUGUGGGAGUCCAUAGGAGGCCCUGGCUGAACUCCCUGGAGGACUUUUCUUCUACUCGACUCGACAUUUUGGAUUUGCUGCUCAUUUUACUUGGUGCUCUGCUUGUAAACAUUCCCAAAGUUCGUUUCAUCAGAGAAACUUAGCCUUUGCUCAGCCUGUGGAAUAAAGUAGCGAGACCGGCGCAUUUGAUCUGUCAGGAAAUAAUGAAAAGAGAAUCGCGUUUCUUGAGGUAGUCGGAUCUUGUUCUUGGAGCAGAGGGUGCAUAUUGGUGUUAGGCUGCCUGCAAUGUAUUGCCUCCGCCUGGGGAUUUGCUCAUAGGAGGAUCUGUCAUUUAUCAUCCACUGCUCCUGGACUGCACAGUGUUGGUUUCAGUGCACAGCUACCAGCAUGGAGAACCUGGAGCCAAGAGCUGGGCAGGAGAGGUUUCUACCUGAGGAUACAAGGGUUCAGCAUAGUUUGUUGGAUCAAGGGCAGACAGUGGUGGAGAGGAAACUAAUGGAAGGCUACAGGCUGGUGGAUGUUAUUCUUACUGGAGGUGCACCAUGGGGAUUUACUUUGAAAGGUGGCAAAGAACAUGGAGAGCCCCUUAUAAUUACCAAGGUGGAAGAUGGGAACAAAGCUGCUGACAUACUAAUGGCUGGAGAUGAAAUUGUCAACAUAAAUGAUCAGCAGCUUCUAGGGUAUCGUCAGGAGGCAAUAUGCCUGGUUAAAGGAUCACACAAGAUUCUAAAAAUGAUAGUAAAACGGAGAAAUGAUGUCUCAUACAGACCUCAUUCCUGGCACUCAAAUAAGCUAAUUGAAAGCGCUAUGGAUACAGUAACACCGCAGAUCUCAAAUGCCACUCCAUUUUGGAAUUCCAGGUAUCGUUCCAGCAGCUCUUCAUCUCAUGAUCUCUCAAAUCCUUGGGACCAAACAAACUUGCAAAGAAAUUCUGAAAAUUUUAGCUCCAUGGGGAGUAUGGACAGUAUUGACCAAACAUAUCAGUUUGGAAGACUUUCAUCUGCAAAGUCCAAUAACAGUAUCGAUUAUGUAGGAAGCCAGAAUAAGAGAGAUUCUGCAUAUGGUUCUUUUUCUGCAAGUUUCAGCACUCCAGAUCAUACCUUAUCUAAAACUGCUUCUGCAUCAACAGAGAAUAUUCUGUAUAAAAACAAUGACUUGGACAACACACAGCGGGGUUAUAGCAAGACAAGUCCAUCUUUGAAUGAGACCAUACGGUCUGCAGAUAAACCAGGAAUCCAGUCUUCUUCUAUUAACGAGACAAGCAAAAUACAGAGGACAGAAGAUCAUGCUGAACCUAGAUAUUCUGGGCGAUCAAACUUUGGUCCUGUAUGGAAUAUUCCUGAUAAGAAAAAGACAGCUUCACCUCCCCCUCCACCACCACCACAACGCAGUGAUAGUUAUGCAGUCACUAAAAUCCACGAGAAGCCUACCAGCUUUAUGCACUUGGAUGCUUCAAGCACUCAGCACUUUAAUGUUGCAAAUAAGUCUGAUGCAAAACCUGACUGGAACUUGGAAAUAUCUGAACAGCAAAGACCUAUGAGAGCACAUGACAGGACUGUAGCUGAUACAAGAAGAACCAGCAAUUCCUCCUACCAUGCUGAAUUAAAUGUAGAUCAAGGGUUGUCCCCCUAUAAGGACAAAUACCCAAGCAAUUUACCCAGUGUGAGUAGAAUGCAGGCUUCAUUAUCUACCAAUGAUGUUAGGUUUGCGCAGCCCGUCUACAGCUAUCAUCACCAGCGGCAAUAUAGUGAUGAAAGCACUCUUUUUCAGAACACAAGGGCAUCAGCACUGCAUAGAUCCCAACAACAGCCAAUGAAAUAUGAAUCUAGUUUCAAUCACGUGCCAGCUGACUUGGCUUAUGUUUACCAUCCUCAUCAGUUGAGAGUACCUGCUACUUCUGCAGGUUUUAGCAGUGGGAAAAUAAAUGUAGAAAACAAUGGGCAGAACCAUUUUCAGAAUGUGAGUCUAAAAUUUUCUCAGGGGAAUACGACACACCAUCAAUGUAAGGAGGAGGAAUACUAUGCACCAGAGGUAAAUUCUGGAAGAAAAUCUGUCCAGCCGGAAAAUACUGUCACUAAAGUUGAAAUGUCAGAUUACGGUCUACCUCAGGAAAGCAUUGAACCGUCACAAAUAAACUGUGAAAAGAAUGGCCUAAACAUAUCUGAGAAAAGGGAUAAUUCUUUAGGUAAUAUUGAACAUAUAAUCAAUAAAACCACUGGACAUUCAGAAGAAAAAUGUAACAACAGAUUUAACCAGGUGGGUCAUUCUGGAAAAGGUUCCAAUAGAUCAAAUCAAGAUUCUUGGAGAAAGGAAGCAAAUAAGAUAACACCUCUAGUAACACCAAUGUUGCAUUCUUUAGCACAAGAAGGAAGAAAUCGGUCUGAAAGUUUCCCGGAUGCUGAAUUUGAAAAACAGCCUUUCCCAGAUGCAAGCAAACAAUCUCGCAGAAGUGAUCGUUUUGCAACAACUCUGAGAAAUGAAAUUCAGCUAAGGCGAGCACGUCUGCAAAAGAGCAAAAGUACAGCUGCCUUGACUGAGUCUAAUGAAACAGAAACCUCGGAAAACUGGAGACAAGACUCUCUGGAAAGCCCAUCUUCUGAGGGUUCUUUUUCAAGCACCUACAGAAGCCAUCUGCAAGAGGCCCAAGCCCGUGUUUUAAGAGCCACUUCUUUCAAAAGAAGAGACCUUGACACUGGAAUUUCUGAUCAUUUAUCUCAGUUUCAAGAUCGAAAAAUGCAGGUCUCAAACUUUUCAGGUCUUCCUUUAGAGCCUGUUCAACCUAAGCAAAACACAGCUGGUGGCAGCUCACAAAAUGUAUCUCGUAUUGGAGCAAGAAAAAGGUUCACCACUCAGCAGAAGCUAAUGUCCUUCUCAGAGCCUGAGAAAAUUAAUGAAGUUGGCGUUUCUGAAGACCAAUACAAUUUCCGUGCUGAAAGUUCUACUAAAGCAACUAAGGGAUCUUUUGCAGACAGAUGGAAAUUCUUUGAAGAGACCAGCAAAUGUGCACAAACAAAGGUUCUACCAAAAGUCCAGCCAGAGGAAACUUUUGAAAUAACCACUGAUAAGGAUUAUGCUAAGAGUUUUAAUGAGCAAGACAAAAGGACUUGGGCAGUGUCUGAACAGAAUACUACUGCUAAAAGCCAUUCCCCUGAUAAAAUUACAACAGAACCUCGUCAGAGAUUAGGGACUUUUGCAGAAUAUGAGGCAUCUUGGAAAGAACAGAAAAUACAAUUGGAGAGAAAAAAUUCUGGCAGAUGUCACUCAGCUGACAACAUCCUUGAUGCUGGUCUUGAGCAAAAUCCUAAAGCACAGUACAUUCAUGAGAGGUCCAAGUCCUCUCCUACAACAGAUUUUUAUGCACAGGGAGCAGCCGUUGAAUCAAAGCAGCAGUCAGAGAGCGUGAGGAAAGACUCUGAGAAUUCUAACUCGACACACUGCCGCAGUAGCACAGGGGAUUCUUCCACAAGGAUCAACAGAAUUGUUGAGGUUGGGGAUCAGUGUGGCGCUACCUGUGAACAAGGGGCUUUAACCUGCAAUACUGACUGGAAGCCACAUGAGAAAUCAUUUCAGCUCCCAGAACCGUCAAAUGAAUCCCAGCAGAGCCGAGCAAGAUCAGGGACACUGCCAGAUGAUUAUAGAUAUGCCUCUGAGAAUGUGAAGCAAGGAACCUGGGAUAUUGGCUUUUCUGCUGUUCCUAUAUCUGAAGCCAGCCCUGAUUUGACCAAUGCAGACAACGAUCUGUGGCAAGAUCACCCAGCUGUGCAUAAGAAGCGUGGCACUGCCCCACAAAGACCUCCUCCUCCUAAACUCAAAAACAAAUAUUGGCGUCAAAAUGGCUCCUCAUCGUCCCUUGCCACAUCCUCAGAGUCUUUGCUGACAGCCCAAGGCAGGAGGGCACAAUCCUAUUCCCCUAGCAGCCAGGAUACCCUUCCUCCUCAAUCUCUUCAGAAACAAAGCCCUGGAACAUAUCCUGAUAAGCAUUCUAGUAUUCAUAUAUAUGAUUAUCAAUUGCCCCUGCCUCCAGAGAAUGACCAGUAUCCUAUAGAUAAGAACUACACUGAAUCUGAACUAUCCUCAAAGUCACACUUACAGAUCCCUGGAAUGGAACCGUCUCGAUCCCCCUCUCCUCAGUUUGCUCCACAGAAGCUUACAGACAAGCCUCCACUUCUGGUUCCAGAUGAAAACUUGUCAAGGAUUGAAAGGGUGAUCGAUAACACAACAGUGAAAAUGGUCCCCAUUAAGAUUGUUCACUCUGAAACUCACGCUGAGAAGGAAAGCAGACACAAUUUGCUUAGUGCUAUUGAGCCCACUGCCUUACCAUCUGGUCUUGCAAAAGACCAGCUAAAGACUUUGAGCACAUCAGAGCAAUCCUACUCCCGAUUUUGCGCUUACACCAGGCAGGAGUCUAGAGAGGAUGAUGAAUCUAAAGUAAAUGACCUUCACUUGUUCCAGAAAGAAAAGAUAAUGAAAGAAGAUAAUGAAAAUGAUGAUUCUUCUUUUGCACCCUCAAUCGAUAAAAGCAAAGAUGCAAUCUACGCUGAUUUAAAGUCAGAGGAGCUGGUGAGGGAAAUUGUAGGCAAAGACAAAUCUCUUGCAGAUAUUUUAGAUCCAAAUGCCAAGAUGAGAACUACUAUGGACUUAAUGGAGGGAAUCUUUCCAAAAGAUGAACAUCUUCUAGAAGAAGCUCAGCAGCGUAGAAAACAUCUUCCAAAAAUACCUUCUCCCAGAUCCUCAGAUAACAAAAAAGAUGAGCAGAAUGUACCAUCAGCUGUUUCUCUGACAACCAGUUCCACGUACUACAGCACUUCAGCGGCCAAAGCCGAGCUCCUUAUUAAAAUGAAAGACAUGCAGGAGCAGCAGCACGUUGAGGAGAGUUCAGAGGAGGAGCUGAAUCAGAACCUAUCAGAGAAAAAGCAAGAACUGAUUGACAGCAUCAGCAAGAAGCUGCAGGUCCUGCGAGAUGCAAAAGAAACCCUGUUAGAAGAUAUCCAGUGUAACAAUGCGCUGGGAGAAGAGGUAGAAAUCAUUGUGCAAGAGGUUUGCAAACCAAAUGAAUUCGACAAGUUCAGGAUGUUCAUUGGGGAUCUAGAGAAAAUUGUCAAUCUACUGCUGUCACUUUCUGGGCGACUUGCUCGAGUGGAAAAUGCUCUUAAUAACUUGGAUGAGACUGUAUCUCCUGAUGAGCGGAAAACUCUGUUGGAAAAGAGGAAAUUGCUCACAAGGCAGCAUGAAGAUGCAAAGGAACUGAAGGAGAACCUGGACCGGCGUGAGCGCACCGUUUAUGAGAUUCUGGCUAAUUACCUUAAUGAGGAAAACCUUGCCGAUUAUGAGCACUUUGUGAAGAUGAAGUCCGCACUCAUCCUUGAGCAGCGAGAGCUGGAAGACAAAAUCAAGCUUGGAGAGGAGCAACUCAAAUGCUUGACCGAAAGUCUGCCAUCAGAUCGUAUCAUGUAGUAGUUGGACAAGCUGAUUGGCCAAAUAUGGACUCCAGCCUCUGCCUUUUAUUGUCUGAGUUUUCCUCUGUGCAAAUUAGUAGCAUUGUUCAUGUUUGUGGACUUCUCACAAAAUUGAAAUACUAAUCUCUAGCAAUACCUUUGGUUUGAUUGGAUCAUACGGCGUAUUUAAUUUUCUAAACAUUUUACUGUACAGAUUGUGCCCUUUAUUUUAGACUUUCUAGACAUUCCUGAUAGAAUUGGAAGUUGAUCUAUAAAGUAUCCCUUUCCUUCUGAUGGCGAGCUUUGUUAUACUAUUGCAUGUCGAAAGGUCUCUGAUAAUGAUCCUUAUACGUAUGUCCAACCCGCUAAAACCCCAACAGCAAUUAAACCACGUGACAAAGAAAUGUGAUCUGUAUAGAUUUGAUAUACACAAUGUUUAACUAUACCAUUACUGCCCUGUCCUUCCAUUCCGCAUACUGUCUUUAUGCUGAUUUUAUUUAUCAUUGUGCUGUUUUCUCAACACAUUUUGGAGAAAAAAAAUAAACCGUAAAAAUCUA